AUGGGCCAAGUAGUUGGAUCGGAGAAAAUUGUUGCAACCCACAACUUAACACCAUCUCUAAAGCUUGAGACUCAGAGAGGGGAAAUGGAGUAUGUCGGGAGAAAGGUGAAGAAAGAGUUUGAAGGUCACGGUACAUUCUUCGGUUCUGUCGAAUCAUACGACGCUUCAACUAGGUUUUUCAAGAUCGUGUACGAGGACGGCGAUUUUGAGGAAUUGGACUUGACUGAAAUUAGUUCUCUAUUGGUGUCUCCCGAGGGACUGGAGUCGGCUCGGGAAGCGCAGCCAUCCCCCGUGGAGGAGCCCACCAGAAGGCUUGUUCGCAAGCGGAGGAAGCGGAGCCAUAUGAAUACAGGUAAAAUUGGUAUUUCAGUAAUUGAGAGUGGCGCUUCUGGUAAUUCUGGGGAAAUGGAAUUAAAUGCGGUUGGUUUGAAUUCGAAUAAAGGGUUGGAUUUAAAUGAUGAUGGGUUUAAUAAUUUAAAUGAUGAUUAUGGGGGGACUUUGGAUGAUAAUCGCGAUGGUGGUGGGGCUAAGCUGCAAGGUGUGGAUUUGAAUGAAGCUGUGAAUUUGGAAUUGAGGGAUGAGGGUAUGGGUUUCAGUGAAAGGGUUUCAGAUGACACGAAGGGGAAAAGAAAAGAAUUAAUUGAUUUAAAUUUGGAUGUAAAUGAAGAUUCUGAGAAUUUUAGUCCCGAUGCAAAAAGGGUUUGUUUUGACUUGAAUUUAGGGUUAUCAGAGAAUGAGAUUAAGAAUCCGGCUAAUUUCCUGGGACAGUUUGAGAAAAAUGAAAAAUUAUGUGCAGAAGAAGAGAAGCUGGAGGGGGAAGAGAUUGGUGGGGAAAAUAAGGGUAUUUUAUUUAGUGUGAAGGUUGAAAAUGGGAAUGUGAAUCUAAAUUUAGAAAAAAAAGGAGAAUCAGUGGAAAACUGUGCUGGCAGAGCUGAUUAUGAAAAUGAGGUUCCAGUGAGUGCGCAAAGGGGCAGAAAGGGUAGGAAGCGAAGAGAGGUAUUGGAUAACAAUGCUAACUUGGCUGUGCCAGAGAUGGUAAACAUGGAUGGGGAAAAUGAGAAUGUGAAUAUAAAUUCAAAGAACAACAACAAAACCCCACGAGAAAGUGGUAGUGGAGUACUUGAUUAUGAUAACCAAGUUCCUGGAAGUGAGCCAGGAGGAAGAAGAGGUAGGAAGAGAAGAGAUGUAUCUGAUAAUAAUAUUACAUCUGCUACGCCAGAAACAGGAUUGAGAAGGAGCAACCGCAGAGUGAAAAGGGAUUCAUUUUCUGGUCAAGAUCACAUUUUCAAUACAGCAGGGUUAGACAGAGUCACUGAUCAGUUGUCCUCUCCAGCUAUUAGCUCAGUUUGCGAGGAAAAGAUCAAAGCGUUGGGUUGUGAAAAAUCUGAGGAAAACGUUCUUCCGCCAAAGGUGGAGUUGCCACCUUCUUCCAGGAAUUUGGAUUUAAAUGGAGUUCCUGCAUUUAACAUUCUUUCUGUUUAUGCAUUCUUGAGGUCUUUCAGUGUUUCGCUGUUUCUAUGCCCCUUUGAGCUGGAUGAUUUUGUGGCAUCUGUGAAAUGUAACUAUUCUACAUUAUUGUUUGAUUCCAUUCAUGUUUCCCUUUUGCAAACAUUACGGAAGCAUUUGGUGUUGCUGUCCAAUGAAGGUGAUCUGUCCUCAUCUAAUUGUCUCAGGUCUCUUAAUUGGGAUUUGCUAGACUUGAUCACAUGGCCCAUGUUUGCGGUUGAGUAUCUGUUACUGUACAGUUCUGAAUACAUACCUGGUUUUGAUCUGUGUCACUUGAAGCUUUCUCAGAGUGACUAUUACAAACUACCUGUAUCGACGAAGAUUGAGAUACUGCAGCGCCUUUGUGAUGAUGCGAUGGAAGUAGAAUCCAUCAGGUUAGAGAUAAAUAGAAGGACACUGGCAACAGAACGCCAAGUGGAUUUUGUUCGGACUAUGAAGUCUGACAGCUCCAAGAAAAGAAAGGCUAUGAUGGAUGUUGCUACCAAUUCUUGCAUCACAGAGGAGGAUGGUGAAGAAACUGCAGAUUGGAACAGUGAUGAAUGCUGCCUAUGUAAGAUGGAUGGAAACUUAAUAUGUUGUGACGGUUGUCCUGCAGCAUUUCAUUCCAGGUGCGUAGGAGUUGUCAGCAGCCUGUUGCCAGAGGGGGAUUGGUAUUGCCCCGAAUGUGCAAUUAACAAGGAUAAGCCUUGGAUGAAAAUGGAGAAGUCUAUUCGAGGAGCUGAAUUGUUGGGAAUGGAUCCUUACCGCCGACUAUAUUAUAGCAGCUGUGGUUAUCUGUUGGUGUCAGAGUUAUGCAAUGACGAAUACUCGUUUUGGUACUACCAUAAAAAUGAUUUACCAACCCUUAUAGAUGCACUAGAGUCAUCCCCAUUUGUACAUGGCACAAUAAUAACUGCUAUUAGUAAGCAUUGGAAUGUCACUCAUGGAGAUGAUGGGUCAAAAACUGAUUUGGAUGCUCGGUCCUUCUCUAUACACUCUCUUUUUCCUAUAAAAGGGCUGCUGCCUCAUAUGCAUCCUACACCUUCAGAAGCGCAUGUCAAGGAUGCUGCUGAAAGAAAGUCGGAAGAAAAAUCCGUUGUCUCUACCUACACUUGUAACAUAGAACCUGAGGUUCAGGAGUGUGUCAAUAUGAUGUUGGAGACUGAUAACCACGGUGCAAAGAUGGAAAAUCGAUUGGCAAGUUCCGAAGGAUCAGCCGAAGUCUCCCAAGCAGCGACUAACACUGAUAACAUUAAGGAAAGUGGGCAGGAUUGUUCAGAAAGAGGCACCGGUAUAUCAUCAUAUAAUUCUGAAAUUCCAUCGAAGUUUGUGAACGCUGGAGAUCAUUAUUUAACAUCUACUAUCUUAGAAAUAGAGCAAAGAAUGAAUCUCAUUUCUGCAAAUCAUGGCCAUGCCCCAUCCAUCAUAAAUCCUUGUGAAAUUAUGCCUCAAGGGCAUUGUGCAGCAACUUAUGUUAACUUUUAUGAAUUUGCUUGGACGGCAUCAUCAGUUGUUGAAGCUUUAAUGCGUAAAUCAUCAGAAAAGACAUCAGAAAAAAUCAUAAGGUCAGAAGAAGAGGUUAUUACUGGGCAGCUGAAGGCUAUAUCAAGUAAAUAUGCUUAUUUAUGCUGGCCGAAUAUUCAAAAUUUAAGUGCAAACAGUAGGAAAGAAAAAUGUGGGUGGUGCUUCACUUGCCAAGGUCCUGAAGAGGAAAGGGACUGCUUAUUCAUUGUGAAUGAAAAUGGUCCUGCUGUUGAAAAUUUUACUAGUGAGGUUUUGGGUAUUCGGUCUAGAAAGAACAUGAAAAGCCAUCUUAUUGAUGUUAUGUGCCAUAUUAUUUGCACUGAAGAUCGUCUUCAAGGGCUUCUGUUGGGCCCAUGGUUAGAUCCUCAAUAUUCUGAGCUUUGGCGUAAAAGUGUUCUUGGAGUGUCUGACAUCGCUUCAUUGAAAAGUUUUCUACUUAAGCUAGAGUCAAACUUGCAUCUUCGAGCACUUUCAGCAGAUUGGCUGAAGUAUGUGGAUUCUGUUCCUACGAUGGGUUCUGCUUCUCAUGUUGUGAGAAAUUCUGUACGAGCAUCUAUGAAACAUGGAAUUGGCAGGAAGAGAGCAAGGUUUUUGGAGCUGGAUACAACUUCAUCUUCAAGUUCUGCAAAUGGGUUGAGCUUAUUUUGGUGGAGAGGUGGGAGAAUUUCACGUCAGCUGUUCAAUUGGAAGGUUUUGCCUCGCUCUUUAGCUUCCAAAUCUGCCCGACAAGGUGGAUGCAAGAAGAUACCAGGCAUCCUUUACCCUGAGAGUGGAGAAUACGCAAAAAGGAGCAAGUGUGUUGCCUGGCGAGCUUCUGUUGAGACAUCAAGAAGCGUGGAACAGCUAGCUCUCCAGGUUAGAGAGCUUGAUGCAAAUAUCAGAUGGGAUGACAUUGGGAACCCGAAAAUUCUAUCAAAGACAGACAAGGAGUCCCAAAAGUCAGCCAAAUUAUUCAAAAAAGUUAUUAUACGUAGGAAGUGCUCUGAGGGAUCGGUGGUUAGGUAUCUUCUUGAUUUUGGCAAGAGAAGAUUUAUCCCUGAUAUUGUUGUGAUACAUGGAUCCAUGCUUGAAGAUUCUUCUAGUGAAAGGAAGAAAUAUUGGCUGGAAGAGUCUCAUGUUCCAUUGCAUCUCCUGAAAAUGUUUGAAGAGAAAAGAAUUGCUCGCAAAUCAAAUAAGACAUGUUCUGGAAAACUUCGUGAGAACAGUGUGGUAACGAAUAAAACCUUCAAGGAAAAGGGAUUUUCAUACCUUUUCUCGAGAGCAGAGAGAUUGGAAAAUUAUCAGUGUGGACACUGUAACAAAGAUGUUCUCGUCAGGGAAGCAGUGAGUUGCCAGUACUGCAAAGGCUUUUUCCAUAAAAGACAUGCAAGGAAGUCUGCUGGGUCGAUUGUCGCUCAGUGUACAUAUACAUGCCAUAAAUGUCUCAAUGGGAAGUCCGUGGAAAUGGAUACUAAGAAGGGGAAGUCCGAGCCACCAAAAAGUAAGAAAUCAUCAAAAUUAUUGAAGCCAUUGGGCUCCAGAAAAGGGAAAAAGUUGGGCAAAGGCAAGCAACGAGUGCAAUCACGAAAGAAUAAAAAGGUUCAACUUGUUGUACCCCUGCGCCGUUCUGCCAGGCAUGCUAAACCUGUCGUAAAGACAUCCUUGCUGGAUACAAAGAUCAAAAGACAGAAGAAAGGGAAACAAGCUAAAUCAAAAAAAGACAAACUGAAGAAGCCAAAAUAUAGUAGUUGGCAGAAGAAGAGAACGCUGGUCAAUUAUAGUUACUGGUUGAAUGGUCUUCGAUUGUCAAGAAGGCUAAACGAUGAAAGGGUGAUGCAUUUUAGAAGUAAAUUGCUUCUUGUCCUUUCUGGAGAGUCGACUUCCAACGCAUGUAUGCCGAAAUGCUGCCUCUGUGGUGAAUUAGAAUUCAAAUCUGAGCUGACUUAUGUUUCUUGUGAGAUUUGUGGAGAUUUGUUUCAUGGAGAUGCUUUUGAUCUCAAAGCUGAUAAAGUUGAAAAGCUCAUCGGAUUUAAGUGCCAUAAGUGUCUUAAUAAGAACCCUCCAGUUUGCCCCCAUGUUUGUGCUACUGAAAGCAGCCAAGCUGCACUUUUUCCAGAAAUUAAUGUGCGGCCUGAAUGCUCUGGGAAAGAAUCUACUGGUGUAUCCCUCUUGGAGGAAACAUUUACUGAUCAGAAAUUUCUGCCAAAUGAAGAAUCUAAUGAGGCGUUCUUGAUUGAUGACAAUCAUGAUAAGCAAUCAUCAGUGCCAAUUCCUGAUUCAAACCAGAUACAGGCAAGUGAUGCAAAAUCGGGACUUUAA